GCCGCCAGGACUGGCAGAGGACGCCUUUGAUGCCCUGCAGGUUCCCGUUCCAGGUGUGGCGGGGAGCCCGCGGUGCCCUGAGGCUCGGACCAACCGGGAGACGGCGGACCACCCUGGCGAUGGUGGGCGAAGCCGGGCACGCGCCGGAGGCCGGCGGCGACGGCGAGGCCGUUGUCACCGAGGGCGCCGCCAGGAUCGUCUUUCCCAGCGCCAACGAGGUGUUCUACAACCCCGUCCAGGAAUUCAACCGCGACCUGACUUGUGCGGUCAUCACGGAGUUCGCCCGCCUGCAGCUGGCCGCCAAGGGCAUCCGGGUCAUCGUGCCCGGGGAGGACAAGCCGGCCGAGGAGGACGGAGGAGCCGGGGUCCCCGCCGGCGAAGGGCGCAAGACGGCGGCUGUGGGAGAGAUUUGUGAGGAGGGUCUGCGGGUUCUGGAGGGGCUGGCAGCCACGGGGCUGCGCUCCAUCCGCUUCGCCCGCGAGGUGCCGGGACUCCGGGCCGUGGUGGCCAACGACGCCUCCGCCCGGGCCGUCGAACUCAUGACCCGCAACGUCCAGCUCAACGCCGUGGCCCACCUGGUGCGGCCCAGCCUGGCGGACGCCCGGACGCUGAUGUCCCAGCACCAGGCGGGGCCGGAGCGCUUCGACGUCAUCGACCUGGACCCCUACGGCAGCCCCUCUCCCUUCCUGGACGCCGCCGUACGGGCCGUUAGCGAAGGAGGCCUACUCUGCGUCACGUGCACGGACAUGGCCGUGAUGGCGGGCAACAGCGGGGAGACCUGCUACAGCAAGUACGGGGCCAUGUCUCUCAAGAGCCCGGCCUGCCACGAAAUGGCGCUGCGCAUCGUGCUCCACAGCCUGGAUCUGCGUGCCAACUGCUACCAGCGCUACGUGGUGCCCUUGCUGGCCAUCAGCGCCGACUUCUACGUCCGCCUCUUCGUCCGCGUCUUCACCGGCCAGGCCAAGGUCAAGGCGUCCGCCAGCAAGCAGGCCCUCGUGUACCAGUGCGGCGGCUGUGGCACUUUCCACCUGCAGCGGCUGGGCAAGGCUAGCAGCCAGGGCAACCGCGUCAAGUUCUCGGCGGCCAGCGGCCCCCCCGUCGGCCCGGCCUGCGAGUUCUGCCAGCAGCGGCACCAGCUCGGGGGGCCGCUGUGGGCCGAGCCCAUCCACGACGCGGACUUCGUGGGCCGCGUCCUGAGCGCCGUCAGCCAAAACCCCGGACGCUUCCACACGGCCGCCCGGAUCCAGGGCGUCCUCAGCAUGGUGUCCGAGGAGCUGAGCGACGCACCCCUCUACUACACGCUGACCCAGCUGAGCAGCACCCUCCAUUGCAGCACCCCCUCCCUGCUACAGUUCAGAUCGGCAGUGCUGCAUGCCGGCUAUCGCGUCUCCCUGUCCCACGCCUGCAAGGACGCCGUCAAGACGGACGCCCCCGCCUCGGCCCUCUGGGACAUCAUGCGCUGCUGGGAGAAGGUGAACCCCGUCAAGCGGGAACGACUUUCCGAGACCAGCCCGGCCUUCCGGAUCCUCGCCACGGAACCCACGCUGCAGGCGGAUUUCUCCAUCCGGGCCGACGCCAACCCGAGCUCCCGCCAACGCAAGCUGAAGCGCUUCCAGGUCAACCCCGAGGCCAACUGGGGGCCCAAGGCCCGCGCCCGCCCAGGAGGGAAGACCCAGGCCCUGGAGGAGAAGAGGCAGCAGCAUCAGAACAAGCGAAAGGAGGCCGGCGGGGCCAGCGACCGGCUCAAGGCCUUCCCUUGCAAGAAGUUCAAGCAGGGAGCCUGCACCCUGGGCAGCGACUGCUGCUACUCCCACCCGGCCCCCGCCGGCCCCGGGGACAACCUGAGCGCGGGGCCGGGCCGUCCAACCCAUUAAAGGCUGAGCGGUGGUCAA